UCAUCACCCAUAAUACGCAGCACCGCCAACCUCUAGGUUGCCAAAACCCCUUCACGCUGGACUUGCCUGUCCUGCACCUGCAACUUCGUGUUUUCGUCUUCACGGAAGCAGCACAUUGGAGCAAGCGGGUUGAGCUAUUGUUCCUCCGUUCCAGCCAGCAAAGUGCCAAGCACAGCUAGCCGUCCUCCAAACCCGGCUCAAGACCGUAAAUAGCCUGCUGGGAACUAUCGAAGCCCGAGCGCAAACCUACUGUUCAAAAACACAGCCCGCGGGCCGCUUCACCCUUGGUCGAAAAGCUGCUCCUCUUCAACCGCUCCUCGACGCUAGCAUCGAGUGCUUUUGGAACCCUCCAGGCUCGACGACAACCCCGGAGUGGGGCGCCGUCACAAGCCUGCUUGAAACACGAAUUACCUAUCAUACACGCAACUGCUGCCCAGCAAUAAAUCUUGCAGACUAGCAUGCUGCCAGCUCAGCUCUAGUUCCAAGAUGGCUCCCUACCUGCAGACGAGUUUGAUCUGGAUCGCGUACGGCGUGGCCGUCGCCGUGGCCCUCCUGGCCGCCAUUAUCACCACCUUCACCUGGCAGACAGCGCGUGACCGCUCAGCCGUCGUCAAUGUUGUCGCCAUUGUCAGCUUGACAACACUGCUGGCGACGGUCUUGCUCCUCCCCGUCGACAUCGCCCUCGUGUCUUCCACCACCUCGGUCCAUCUCGGUGCGAAGAGGGAUUGGGCAACGCCCGAGCACGUCGCCAAGAUCUUGUACUCUCUCGAGGUCCUAUACUAUACCCUGUAUAGCUUCGACGCGCUCCUAUGCCUCAUCUUCAUCCCUUUCGCGUACUUCUGGUACGAGGAGUCGGACGAGGUUGAUGACGAGGAGGGCAGGAGUGUUGGCAGCAAGCUGUGGGGUGCAUUCAAGUACACCACCAUCUUCAUCAUCCUCGUCGUUAUACUCUUCCUCGUGGGCUUCUUCGUUCCGGCAGCGGGCAACCAGACCGGGGCACAUCUCGACCUCGACUACUUCAAGCGGCUGCUGGCAGCGAACAAAGGCGAGAAGGCGCUGACCUUUGCCGUCGGCCUUCUCGUGUGUCUUGGGACCAUGCUCUAUGUCCUGUACACGGGUUCUGGCCUCGCAUUGCUUCCCAUUUCGUUUAUCAAGUCGGCGCCGUCCAUUUCGGCCCCUCAGCUCUCCGAGACGACGGCAACCGCCCUUGAGAGGAACCGCGAGCGUCAACGACAGCUCGAAUUGCGUAGCUCUGGAAACACCGACGGCGUUUCUUCCAAGGACAGGCGCGAACUCGAAUCUCUGGUCCGGGAGGAGCGCACCCUUGUGCGCCGGGCGCGACUGGCAUCUGAAGCCCAGGGCGAAGGGCGCAGUUUCGUCUACCGCGCUUGGACCAAGAUCUGCGCAGUCCUUCGACCCCUCAAGUUGAUCGGGGGCAUCCUCUUGCUGAUUGUUUCGGUAAUUAUCUGGGUGUCAAUGCUCAUCACCACCAUCGACAAGGCAUCCAACUCGCUCUGCAAGGGCCGCUGCGGGUACAUCCUGGGCCACAUCAAGAUCUUUCAACCCAUCAACUGGGUCUUUGUGCAGUCCGCCAAGGCCUUCCCUGUCGACUACGUCCUCAUGGCUUUCUUCAUUCUGUUUUUCUUCAGCAGUUCCGUCUCGGGCCUGGCGACGGUGGGCAUCCGUUUCCUCUGGGUCCGGCUCUUCCAGAUCCGCAGGGGCCGCACCGCGCCGCAGGCUAUCCUGAUCGCCACCGUAUUGCUGGCCCUCAUCAUUCUGGCAAUCAACUACGCCAUGGCCAUGAUGGUUGCGCCACAAUACUCCAUCUACGGCACCCAAACAUUCUGCCUCAAUGCCCCGCGCCACCACGGUGAGCAGCCAGACUGUACUAACCACCCGGAGAUGGUGGUCCCCUGCUCUGAGGCGUACACGGAGGAUGCGGCCAAGGACGUCUGCACUCCGUCCGUCAUGUCGACUUUCCUGAACAGAGUAACUCUGAACUGGCCCGUCUUUGGGGCCAUAGAUUUCUGGGCGCAGCCGGCCUUCCUGGCCGUCUUCUUGAUCGUCUUCCUCACCUCGCUAUUCCGCACACCCAAGCUCAACAUGAACGAGUUUGACGAGGAGGCAGAGGCAGACGAGGAGGAGGGUCUCCUCGCGAGCACAGGCAGGCGGUUCGGCGCCACGUGGCAGGACAUCACCGGCCGGCCGACCAGCAACAAUGGCGGCAACACAUCGGGUGCUGGCUCGAAUCGCGCUUAAGAAGGGGCAAGUUGUUUCAGGUUGUCUCAUUUGUCUUGCUUUUGAAAUGUUGCAAACGAAGUGGUGACAGUCCACAGAGCAACGGUGUUGGGCAUUAUGCAGGUUUACGGCAACACACUUGGGGUUUCUUAUCUUUGGCACAAGGGAGACGGAUUAUGUCCUGUUUGUUUCCUUUCUCAUUUCGACUAGUCAUAUCCUGAUCCCUUUUGUCUUCAUCACUCGCUUUCUGUUGGUUGGGGAGGGUUAUCCGGCUAUCACGAGGUACUUUACACAUGCUAGCAGUGGUUUGAGAGAGAAUAACAGAGAUUUCUUUCUAAAAUGGCUCUCGGGGACUGCAUUCACGACGUUUUGAUGACGA